CUGAUUUGCAAUGGGGGGGGUUGAAUAAUUGAUUGCGACUGCAUGAAUACUGAGAAUUCGGAAAUACUACUCCUUUGGUGUACUGCUUUUCGCCAUUGUAUAGUAGGGUGGUAGGGAUAUUCGGAUGCAGCCUAAGAGUACUGUUUUGUGUGUCUGAAACAGAUCAUUGAGGUGGAUUUUAAGGGGUGAGUCCCUCUUUCAUGAUUAGAAAGCACUUGAGGAAUGUAGGCAGACAGGCCACUGGAAUGUGUGUGGCCUUAAGCACAUGGCUUCAGGUGUAUUUAUAGCUCCGAAGCCUAUAUUCAUCAGUUUUAUUUUUGGCCCUGAUUAAAUACUGUAUAUGGCUGUCUUCUUAGUUCUCAGGAGAUCUUAAUUGUGUCUGAAGGAUUUACCACAUACCAAAUGUGGGCACUGGCCAGCUUUCAUCCUGUCUUAAACCUUCAUUUGUGUGCAUGCUCUUAGGAAAAGCAUUUCUGAGAACUGACUCUUGUUGUGUCCCUUGAAUUUUGUUGAAUAUGCAGAAUUUAAAGUGUUACUGUUUUCUCGUCAAUUCAAGUUCCUCUUCCUGUAGUCAAGUUUCAUUAAACUCCUGUGUUGCUUUAUCACAUACAAACCUGACCACAGAAACAGCCAGCUGACAUUAGCAUGAGGACAUGGUUAAGUAUUUAGCAGCUGGUACCGGUUGUUGGUUAUAUAAAGUUUUCCUUCAUCUCUUUCGUCAUGUGGAAUAAGUUUUAAACGUUACCAAUUAAAUUAAAUGGGUAUAAAAGGAAGAAGUUUCAACUAGCGCUUUUUUUUUUUUUUUUUUUUUUUAACUGUGAAUUCCUUCAUGGGUGUUGGCAACGCUUAACCUUUUUAAUCUUUCUUGGGACUGUUGGAAACAAAGCGUCAGAGCACUCAGUUUUGGGGUAGAAACACUUUCAAGCCAAAAGAAUGCAGUGUGAGCGUGUUUCCGUGCAGAUCCGGGCCGCACAUUUAUGGCGUUUGUGAGUGGAGACUUCUGCCAUGCUCAGCACCUCAGCAUUGUGAACGAGUGAAUCAUCAGCCCCCCACGGGACUACGCUACCCAGAAACCCCCCUGACACUGGGUUAGCACUGGGCCCUGUCUGUCUCUCCUGAAUCCCCCUGGGAUUACGCGUAGUCCUCAGCCUGAGCGCAAACAAGUUCUCUGUCCCUCCCCUGCCGCUUUCUGUCUCUACAGUCAAUCCGAAACACCUCUCCUGAAUGGGCCGUCUUGCCAACAUGAACCGCCCUGCCGCUGUUGAAAUUACUUAUGAGUGCAUGAGAUUCCUCAUCACGCACAACCCUACCAACUCUACGCUCAACAAGUUCACAGAGGAACUGAAGAAAUUUGAGGUAAACACACUUGUGCGGGUGUGCGAGGCCACUUACGACAAGGCGCCGGUGGAGAGGGAGGGCAUCCAGGUCCUGGACUGGCCCUUUGAUGAUGGAGCUCCACCCCCGACCCAGAUCGUUGAUGAUUGGCUAAAUUUGCUGAAGACCAAGUUCCGCGAUCAACCAGGAUGUUGCGUUGCCGUGCACUGUGUGGCGGGAUUGGGCCGAGCCCCUGUACUUGUGGCCUUGGCCUUGAUCGAGAGUGGGAUGAAGUAUGAGGAUGCAGUGCAGUUUAUCCGGCAGAAGAGACGUGGAGCCUUCAACUCCAAACAGCUUCUUUACCUCGAAAAAUACAGACCUAAGAUGCGCCUGCGGUUCAAGGAUGCGAACGGUCACACCUGCUGCAUCCAGUAAAGUGCCAGUUGUACACAACUAAUGGGAAAUUCACUUAGUGCAAGCUGUGGGUGAUUAAUGUGAUGGUUAAUAUUCUGAGUCAUGACUAAUCGAAUUACCGAGAUGUAACAAAUUAAACCUGAUCUGUGGAUUCACCAGCUGUAUGAAUGAGAGAGGUCAAAGCACACAGAUAUGGCUGCCUCCUGGUUACCAGUGUACCAGUCACGGCUAUAACACACAGCAGUUCCUCAUGACUUCCCAAUGUCCAAUCAUGGGAUAACUUUUUAUUCUCCAUUAUUCUAAAAUGAAUUAUUUUAACCAUUAUGAAAAGAUGUGUAUUUGUGUAAUGCUGUUGGUUAUGACUAAAUUGAACCUUGCUGUUAUAAUUGGACGAGGAUAUACACAAUUAAAAAAAAAAAUUAGACAAUAACUUCUUUUAUUAAAACAUUUCUUUUAGUUGCUGAAAAGGACCAAACGAGCUCUUUUCUCCAUUUCCAGAAGUCACUUUUAAUUUAGGGGCAGGAUGGGGUUUUAAAUGUCAACUGUAUUUAUUCACUAUAAUUAUCUAGUCUUGUCAGGAGUAUGGUUGGGGCCAGGACACUUUUCCCCUUUUAUGGAGCCAUGUUUUUUUUUCAUUUUAGUUUUCUGAAUCUCUGGGGAGUGCAAUAUUCAGUCCAGUUUAGAAAAGCAAUCAUUCUUUAGGACUAUUCUACAUGCGUGCGCACACACAAACAGAGGAGAAUGGCUUGAUUUUAGGUACUUUUAAAUUGCCAUGUCUGCUUACUCUUCAGUAGUGGGUCAGUUAAAGGCUUUGCUGUAGGCCGGACUGUCCGUACACUUUUGCUGUGGAUGGGAAACUUGAUUUUGAUUUAGUAGUUUGGUUUUUUUUUUUUUGUUUUUUUAAUCUUUGCCCACAUUUUGAAAAAUAUCCCCAUCUUGUUUUUAAAAUGAAUAAAUAAUUGAUAUGAACUCUCAAUCAUCUUUUGUGUUUUUAUACUUUUGGGGUUCUGUGUGAAAAUUUCUGUCCAGUUUAAGAUCUAACAUUUAUGUAGAUGUAGUAAAGGAUGGGGUUCCUGGAUCAUUCCUGCAUUAUGUAACGAACAUACCUGUAGGCAAGCAGGAGAGAAGGGAAUACUCGAGGAACUUAAAUUUAAUAGCAGUAUUUGUUUGUGGUGUCUUGUUUCUCAGCGCUUCAGUGCUGCUAGUAAGCAGUAGGAGAAGAGUGGUUUCGACAUGAUCUAUUAUCUUCGGCUGUAGUACUCGUUUCUGUAGCACCAUCUACUGGAUUUAAAAGAUGAAUACCAUAUUGAGACCCUAUUUUUCUCCUCAAUCGUCUAUAGCUUAAAGCAGUAAUUCAUGCACGCACUGUAAAUUCAUAUUUUUAAAAAAAAAAAAUUGUAACUUGCCACUAAAACUUCCCCCGCAUUCUUAGCUACACAUUUCUUCUUAAAAGCUUACUGAGAAAGAAAAUCACAGAUUAAGAGGAAAGGAAGGGUGUACUUACAUUGUCAUGAAUGAAUAUUGUGAAAAGUUGGUUGAUGCUGAUUGAGUAGUAAACUCCUAAACAAAA